GUGACGUGGACACUAUUGCAAUUCAAAUUUUCAACAAAUUACCAACACAUCUAACCGGUAUUGUCGGCAUAACUAGUAAUCUGUGGUCGGCAUCGCGACGACAAAUCAUUACUCAUCAGUGUUAGAUAAAGUUUCAAAAUAUCGAGAAAUAGAAAGAAACUUAUAAUCAUGGGAUUUCUGCUGACUACGUUUGGUAUCCUCCUUUGUGUUUUCUCUGCCUGGAGCGAAGAAGCACCAAAAGGGCCUAAAGUAACCCACAAGGUAAAUUUUGACAUUACCAUUGGCAGAGAGCCAGCAGGCACUAUUGUCAUUGGUCUCUUCGGUAAAACAGUACCCAAGACGGUAGACAACUUCUUCCAACUAGCUCAAAAGCCCGAAGGUGAAGGUUAUAAGGGCAGCAAAUUCCACCGAGUCAUUGACAACUUCAUGAUUCAAGGAGGUGAUUUCACCAAAGGCGAUGGAACUGGAGGUCGCAGCAUCUAUGGUGAGCGUUUUGAAGAUGAGAACUUUAAGCUCCGCCACUAUGGAGCUGGCUGGCUGUCCAUGGCUAAUGCUGGAAAGGACACCAACGGAUCUCAGUUCUUCAUCACCACUACAAAGACACCCUGGUUAGACGGCAGACAUGUUGUUUUUGGAAAAGUUUUGGAAGGCAUGAGUGUAGUUCGCAAAAUAGAGAAACUGACGACAGGUGCCAACGACAAGCCCGUUAAAGAUGUGGUGAUUGCCAACACUGAGACCGAAGUUGUGGCUGAACCCUUCAGUGUCUCCAAAGAGAGUGCAAAAUAACACUAGUUAAAAAAAAGUUUCUAUCAUAGCAAUAAUAUGUAAGAA